GGUAACAUUGUUUGCAACGAAUGUUUUAUCAACAGAUGCACUGGUCUGUUUGUGGGUGGACGGCGUGAGCAUUCUGUUUCUGGUACGCAAGCUAUCUACCAAUGAAGCGCAUAAAAGAACGAGGGACCAAAAUAUCCCCAGGAAUCGAACAGGCCCCCUCUUCGUCUUCAGAUAUCAGGGAUUGAAUACCACUAUAACUCAAAAAUGAAGACAUUGACUUUCGGAGCUGUUGCAGCCUUGGCUUUGGGUCUAGCUACGACCAGCACGGCUGCUGUUUCAAAGCCCAACUUAGCUGCCCGCGCGUCCACACCCGCAUGCAGUUCCUAUUCUCCUGCUGGAUAUCCCGCUUUAAAAUGCAGUGGGGAUGGUGUGGCCAAGGACGCAAACUUUGAUUAUAUCGUUGUCGGCAGUGGGGCCGGAGGUGGACCUCUAGCCGUUCGUCUCGCUCGCGCAGGUUUCGCCGUUCUUCUCAUUGAAGCUGGUUCCGAUUAUGAAUCCAACAAUACCACUAUUCCGGCUUUCCACGCUCGAUCAAAUGAAGAUCCCAACAUUGCUUGGGACUAUUCCAUCUCCCAGGGUCUUCCGAAGCGUGAUAAAGUUUGGUAUCCCCGAGUCAGUUCUUUGGGAGGGUGCACAGUACACAAUGCCAUGAUUCACAUGUACCCGCACCCGUCUGAUUGGAACUCAAUCGCCAAAACUUUCAAUGAUUCUUCGUUCCGCGACGAGAAUAUGCGCCCAUUGUUCCAACGUCUCGAGACCAGCAACUCAUUCUGCAGCGACGAUGGCAGUGCUGACAACGGUCAUGGAUACAAUGGAUGGUUGCAAACCCAGCUUCCAGACAUGUCUCUACUCUACAACCCUCCAGACCCGCAGCUCGUUAGUCUGUUCACUGACCUGGUUAGUACCGUUCCCGGUACCCCUGGAGGCGACGUCAAUGCACCAGGCGGAACAAGUGCCGAAGGAUGGCACCUGGUGCCGACAGCUGUGACUCCCCGUAGGGAGAGAAGCUCCGUCUAUCAACUCAUUCAAGAUGAGCUCGAACGAGAAGCAUCGCUCGAUCCUAUUUGUAAACUCAGCGGAGAUGACCAGAAGACAAACAAACAGCCAUUCAUUCGCCCUCUCACCAUCUGGACAAACACUCUGGUCACAUCCCUUGACAUCGAUGGUACCAAUGUCCGAGGUGUCAAGUACACUCAAGGUCGAGCCCUCUACCGUGCGUCUCCUCUUGCUAGCAAUAUAAAGCCAUUACCGCUUAGUACUGUUCGCGCAAAGCGUGAAGUUAUCCUCUCCGCUGGUACUUUCAACACCCCGCAGAUUCUUCAGCUAUCGGGUAUUGGCGAUAUGAACGACCUACAAAAAUACAAGAGCAAGGAGGGUGGUCCAGGUGCUGAAAAAUUCCAACCUCGCCUUCACCUUCCCGGUGUAGGUAAGAACCUUCAAGAUCGGUACGAGAUUUCCGUAAACGUUGCCAUGAAGCAGGACUGGGAGCUACUCAAGAAUUGUAAAUUCACCGCGGAUCCGAACGAUCCAUGUUUCACUGCUUACAAGCGAGGUUUGACCUCGACGUGCGCUGCCAAAAAGUGGGAAAGCAGCAUUUACGGUACAAACGGAGUUUUCCUCGGAAUAACCCAACGCUCCGUACCAACCGUUCCCGAUCCUGACCUUUACAUCUUUGGUGGACCGCUCAACUUCCACGGCUACAUCAAAGGUUACCCUCAGGAAAUUGCGGAUAGCAAAAACGUGUUCUCGUUCCUCAUUCUAAAAGCACACACCAACAACACUUUGGGUACUGUCACGAUCACCUCCACUGAUUACCGCGACACCCCUGCGAUCGACUUCAAGUAUUACGCGGAUGGAGACACAGACCUUUUGACCGUUGCAGGUGCAGUUAAACAGGUUCGAAACCUUAUUACUCACGGUCAGUACGUCGACCACGAGAUCUUCCCAGGCGCCAACGUUAAAACCGACGCUGAUAUUGUUAACUACAUCAAACAAAACUCUUGGGGCCACCACGCCUGCGGAACAGCCAAAAUGGGAAAAGCCUCAGAUCCCACUGCUGUUGUCGACAAUAACUUCAAGGUCCACGGUGUGAACGGUCUUCGUAUUGUUGAUGCCUCUGUUUGGCCAAAGAUUCCCGGUUUCUUUAUCGCGACUCCUACGUAUAUGAUGAGCGAGAAGGCGGCGGAUAUCAUCAAGCAGAGCGCUGCUACUGGAGUUUGCCCCAGAGCGGCUAAAAAUGACCCUCCGUCUACUGGAGGCUGGGUCAGCUCAGCGGACACUUGGAGCGGCUGGGGCAGCUGGGGUAACUAAGACACAGUGAUGGACUCUACGGAUCUCAAUACCAUCCACCGUGGUGUGAAACUAGGUCCAUUUGGUUGCUUUGAAUCUAUUGCCAGGCCCCUUAAAAGGAGGUCUGAACUAUUACAUCUAUAGACAUCAGGAAACCACAUUAGAAAAAACAUACAAAAAAGAAGAGGGGUAGGGAAAUGCACAAUAUGGUGCUCUCCUUGGUUGCGCUGAAUCUAUUCGGUAACGUAUUGGGAGCAUAUCCGCGCUAUUAUAUCCAUUAUAUCGUAAAACCUUUUAAAAUCGAAAGUGCGGAGAGAGAGUAGAAAGUCUAUUAUGUUGGGAACGCAGGGUAAAGCAACAUAAAAAAAUACAGAAUACUGUUUAC